AUGGGCUUGGGCCAAGGAACAAUCUGGGGCGGAGUAUACGAUUUUUGCGAGGUCACGAAGCUGCGAAGAGCCAGCUUCGUGGUCGUUAAAAGAACAUCUACUGUGGUAGACCUCAUCAACCUGCCUUCAGAUUGCGAAAGGUCUUGCGUACUCGGAAGCUUUGAGCAUGUACCUCAAACCCAACCUGAGGCUCUAAGAUCCAAGAAGCCUGUGCCAUUCGACAUACGCAUUGACAUGGACCUGAUCGACGGGGCCAAGGAAGACCUAGACUCCAGCUUCUGGUGGUCCACAACGGCGCAAUUGGCGAAUGACGUGCUGCGCCCUGGUCCGAUAUUACAACAUCCUCUUAAUGCCAGGGCUAUCCAUCGCAACUUCACGAGGCCUGCGAAAGUCCCAUAUGGAUUUGCGGGAUACCGAGGGUCGAAACUAUCCAACCCCACUCAGGUCAAUGCACCACAACAAACAGUCGAACUCACGCCCAUGGGCUGCCUAGAGCAGCCGCACAUCUACGAAUACGCACGGGACAUCAGGAGACGAAAGCUGAACUGCGACAAGAGGAUGCUUUUCGAUACGCGGGGCGGUAUCUUGUCCAUUCAUCCGGCGAGGCAUAUCAGGUUGCUGAAGCUCUUCCCAUUCCGAUGCAGCGCCAUGGUCGCCGUGGGCUUGGCUCCUUCAAGCGCUGAGUAUUGUUGGUCGAGAAUUGUCCUAUGGUCAUCAGCACUCGCUGGUCUUCCAAGUUCCGACCCCGCAAAAUCUAGCCCCAUCAGAGGGAAAAAAAAGGCUGGGGAAUGUGGACGUCUGCUCCGCGAGCCGCCAACCCAGCACCUCGUGUCCGUUGGCCAUAUUGCCUACCAAGCCUCGCUGCUACAGGGAGACUCGAUGGCGCGAGACCAUUGUCGCAAGUUCAGAAUAUUGCGGAUUUCUGGAUCUUGGCCAGUCAAGCGCUUGGCGCCCAUCUUGUCGUACGCACGCCUGCUACAGGGGCGGGGUAGAACGAACGUCCUCUCCCUGUCUUUCGCCGCUAGAUAUAGUACUGCCCCGAAGUCCCGGAAGCGCCUCGACCGGUAUGCCAGUUCGCCUGGGCAACGGACAUGGGCAAGCCAUGUUCCCGGAGUCGCGCGAUCAUCUCCUUUUACCUCGCCUCAUUGGGAUGUGUCAAAGCAGGCAUUUGUUGACUCGCAGCUUGUCGAUCCCUUCCAGUUCCUGGCUGAACGACGACAGCUUGGGAAAAGGCGGGCCGGCUUUGAGUUCGCCGUAUCGACGAGGCUUAAUUUGAAUCAGCUUGCCGGCAUCACGGUCACAUCCAUCGAGAGUCAUUUUGCACCCACCACUUUCCGCGUUUUCAUGAACAGAAGCAUGUUCUUCUUGGACAUCGACAUCUCAGCCCUCUCUUUGACAGCUGCACCCUGCUCCGAAUUGGCACUGCCCCCGUCAGCGCUGCAUCAAAGAUCACGACGCGGAGCCCCUCUCAAGUCUCAACUCGCAGGUCUGAGCUCCGAUACCACCAACGACUCGAAUGCAACCUCGUUUUCUGGCCGCCCCAUCAUUGCUUCUUCUCGGAUAAUGGCACCACAUGCGGCUUCCAGCAUCGUCAUCUACCUUGGAAGCAAACUCUGUGGCUCCACGGAUGACAACGCUGGUCGGCUCGUCCUUCCUAUCCUGCCUCCCGUCUUGUUACUCCCGUCUCAAGGAUAG